AUGGCGUCCAUCAUGGAGGGGCCGCUGAGCAAAUGGACUAACGUCAUGAAGGGUUGGCAGUAUCGCUGGUUUGUUUUAGACUACAAUGCUGGCUUACUGUCGUAUUACACGUCCAAGGACAAGAUGAUGAGGGGCUCCAGAAGAGGGUGUGUUCGACUCAGGGGAGCAGUGAUAGGAAUCGAUGACGAAGACGACAGCACUUUUACCAUCACCGUGGACCAAAAGACUUUCCAUUUUCAGGCCCGUGACGCAGACGAGAGAGAGAAGUGGAUCCAUGCCUUAGAGGGAACCAUUCUUCGACACACCCUUCAGCUGCGGGAGGCAGAGACAGCGUUUGUUCCCAGCGUUCAAGACUUUGAUAAGAAACUUGCUGAAGCCGACGCUUACUUGCAGAUUCUGAUCGACCAGCUGAAGCUUUUUGAUGAAAAGAUAAAAGACUGUAAAGAAGAUGAGUCACGCAGAAAAAUUGAAAACCUGAAGGAGACGACUUGUAGUAUGGUAGAGUCCAUCAAGCACUGUAUCGUAUUGCUACAAAUUGCCAAGGAUCAGAGUAACGAACAGCAACACGCAAACGGACUGAUAAGCACCAUAAAUCCAGUGGAUGGAAUUUAUCAACCCCGCCCCCUGGACACCUCUGUAGUCAGUGCCAUGCCAACACAGACCGCCCUCCCCACAGAUGAAGCUCAGGUGUGUAAAACACUGGAGCAGAGGCCUUCCUCGUUACCUGUGGGGCCCGACGUCACAGUGAUGGGAAGCCUCCAGACCCCUACUCCCAACAGCACAGGGAGUGGUCCAUCUGCCCCCAGUAGCAGCGUGACAUCUCCUGCUCACAUGAACCUUCCGGCCCACACCGUCCCCGACUUCUCUUACUCCAGCAGCGAGGAUGAGUUUUACGACGCCGACGAGUUUUACCAGAGCAGCACCUCCCCCAAACACUGCGGAGACCCCUCCAGGACUGCUGGCGCCUUGCCAAACAGUGAGGAGGGAUCGGCUCUCAAACGGCCGGACACCACCGAGUCCCUCAACUCCUCUAUGUCCAAUGGGACCACUGACGCUGACCAGUUUGACAGUCACGAUGAGCGGGAUGAUGAUGGAGAGGGAGAGUCUGUGGAGGAACACAAGAGUGUCAUCAUGCAUCUGCUGUCUCAGGUCCGACUGGGCAUGGAUCUCACCAAGGUGGUCUUACCAACGUUCAUUUUAGAGAGGAGGUCAUUGCUGGAGAUGUAUGCUGAUUUCUUUGCACACCCUGACUUGUUUGUGAGUAUUGCGGAGCAGCAGGAGGCCAGGGAUCGCAUGGUGCAGGUGGUUAAGUGGUACCUCUCCGCCUUCCACGCCGGCCGUAAAGGAUCCGUGGCCAAGAAGCCGUACAACCCCAUCCUGGGGGAGGUGUUCUUCUGCCACUGGGACCUGCCCAACGAGGCCGACGACCCCGCCGCUUCGGAGCCUGUGUCUGAGGGCCCUGUGCCAUGGUGUGGGAAGAACAGUGUGUCGUUUGUGGCAGAGCAGGUCUCUCACCACCCUCCAAUAUCUGCGUUUUAUGCUGAAUGCUUCAGCAAAAAAAUCCAGUUCAACGCCCACAUCUGGACCAAAUCAAAGUUCCUUGGGAUGUCCAUCGGAGUGCAUAACAUUGGUCAAGGAUGCGUUUCCUGUUUAGAGCACGAUGAGCACUACAUACUCACAUUCCCCAACGGUUACGGGAGGUCGAUCCUGACUGUUCCUUGGGUUGAGCUGGGCGGGGAGUGUAAUAUAUCCUGCUCUAAGACUGGCUACACCGCCAACAUUGUGUUUCACACCAAGCCCUUCUAUGGGGGCAAGAAGCACAGGAUAACUGCAGAGAUAUUCUCCCCCAAUGAUAAGAAGCCUUUCUGCUCCAUCGAGGGAGAGUGGAACGGCGUGAUGUAUGCAAAGUGGGCGACCGGGGAAAAUUCGUUGUUCAUCGACACCAAGAAAAUGGGAAUUAUCAAGAAGAAGGUUCGAAAGUUGGAGGACCAGUUAGAGUAUGAAUCCCGACAGCUGUGGAAGGAUGUGACAUUAAACCUGAAGCUGAAGGAUAUCGACGCUGCCACAGAGGCCAAACACAGGCUGGAGGAGAAACAGAGGGCAGAGGCCAGAGAGAGGAAAGAGAAAGAAAUGCAGUGGGAGACAAGGUUGUUUCAUGAAGACGGCGAAUGCUGGGUUUAUGAUGAACCUCUCCUGAGGAGAGUGACAUCUCAGAGGCACUAAGCUCAUUAUGCCUACAAACAGCAAGAGUCUUGGUGAUUAAAAGAACUCUUUUGCAAAAAAAAAAAAAAACCAACAACAACCUAAAAAAACACUUUUCAUCUUAAAGCCUUGGAAUGACUGAUAACGACUGAACGUGUACACAGCUUUGCAUUUUUGAAGUUCAAAUGAAUGAUGACUAGGACAAAGAAAAAGAAAAAAAAAAACUAAAACAACAACAAACUCCUCUUUAUGGAAAAAGAAAAACUCCUUUCUCGCCAACUCCACGUCCGCCCCCUCCACUUCACCCCCUCCUCCAAGGAAAGACAAACCACGUUCAAAGACACAGGAAGCAAUUAGAGACCCCCCCACCCCCUUUCAGCCUCUUCCUUCGGGAGACUUCUGGAAAGGAUUUCACCCCCCCCCUCCACACCUUAGGGCCAGCGGAGGGUGACCGCGGAGGAGUGGUGUUUUCGAUCGAACAAACCGUGACGACGACAGCAUUCUGUAUCUCAGGGAAUCCAGUGACUGAGGAUCGAAAGCUGUUUCCGCAGAAGUUCGAAAGCCUUACACGUGUGGAAUUGAAAGGG